AUCCCCUAAAGCCGCGAAUAGAGAAACGAGCUACUGGAGAUGUAAACAGAUUCCGCUGUCAUUCAUUCAGACAACGGGAGCGGAUAUGGUGGAUAUUCUUAGCUCCUCUAUUUGUGGAAAAUGUUAUGAGCGCGUGUUAUGAGAGGAUGUUUCACCGCUAGUCAUACUCUGUCUUUCUAGAAUGGUCGUUGUUUACGGUAUCAGCUUUUCACAUGCCAGUAAUCCGGUUAGAAGAGAUGUAUUUGUAUAGCUAUCCACGGCUGCUAGACAGCUAGCCUAGCUCGUUGCACGGAAGGAGAGCGAGCGACCGCCGACCUUGACCAGAUGGAAAUCACGAGGCUCGCUGUGGACGCGGGCGCGUUUAUCAACCGAGCUGUUCAGUAUACAGAGGAAUCUCUGGGGCAGGCUGAGAAGACAGAGUUGGACAGCCGGUUGGAGAGUCUCCUGGACAGAGCAGAUUCCACUAAGACCUGGACUGACAAAAUCAUCUCACAGACUGAGACUUUACUGCAGCCUAACCCUGGAGCUCGUUUAGAGGACCUCUUCUAUAAGGGUCUGGAUUGGAGCACCCCGGAGAGGCCAACCCCCCACGAGCUGCUGAGUGAAAACAUGAUGGACGCUGCUCUGGAGCUGGGGCGACACACACCCUACGGUAGUACUCUGAUUAAGUGUGGGGAGUUGGAGAGGCAGAUUGGGGUGGCGAACAAGAAGCUGAUCCAGAGUACAGACAUCAACUUCCUGUCUCCUCUACGGAGGUUCACCGACCAAGAAUACACAGUCAUACAGAAUGAGCGCAGGCAGCUGGUGAAUAAGCGGUUAGAUCUGGACAUUGCGAAGGCCAGACUGAGAAAGGCACAGGAAGCAGACAGCGAGGCCCAGGGUCUAAAUGCUAACCCAUUAGGAGAGGAGUAUGUAGCUCAUGUCUCCUACAUGUUCAGCUUCCUACGAGUCCGAUGGCUGAAGAUGUGGGCCCAGGAAGUCUCUCAGGCAGAGAUGGAGCUGAGGAUCUCUCAGAGUGUGUUUGACCGACAGUCAGAAAUCACCAGACUACUGCUGGAGGGAAUCAACACUACACACGCUGCCCAUCUGAGAAGUCUGUAUGACUUUGUAGAAGACCAGGCCAGUUACUACGCUCAGUGUUACCAGCUCACACAGGACCUACACACCCAACUGGCCAGCGCUCCCCCUCUGGUCUGCUACAAUAACAACUGGCACUUAGAAACUAACCAACCCUCCACAGGUAACCUGCCCUUAGCAACCAUUCAGCCCCUAGCAACCUGUGACUCUUCAACAACCAACCAGGCAACUAGCCAACCCCUAGCAACCAACCAGGCAAACAGCCAACCCUUAGCAACCAUCCAGCCCUUAGCAACAUGUGAGUCUUCGACAACCAACCAGGCAACAAGCCAACCCCUAUCAACCAACCAGGCAAACAGCCAACCCUUAGCAACCAACCAGGCAGCCAACGAGUCCUCAAAAAACAAUGAGUCCUCGACAACCAAUAAGUCCUUGACAAACAACCAGACAAGCAGCCAACGCUUAGCAACUGCUGGGUCCUCUACAACCAACCAGGCCUCGACAAUCAUCCAGGCAAACAGCCAACCCCUACAAACCAACCAGGCAACCAAUGAGUCCCCAACAACCAAUGUGUCCUCAUCAACCAACCAGGCAACAAACCAACCCUUAGCAACUAACCAGCCCUUGACAACCAACCAAGCAACAAGUCAAUCCCUAGCAACCAACCAGGCACUCAGCCAAUCCUUAGCAACCACUGAGUCCUCAACAACCAACGAGUCCCUGACAACCAACCAAGCAACCAGCCAACCCUUGACAACCAACCAGGCAACCAGCCAACAGUUAGCAACCAAUGAGUCCUCCACCACCAAUCAGGUAACUAACCAACCCUUACAAACCAACCAGGCAACCAAUGACUUCCCAAUAACCAACGAGUCCUUAACAACCAACCAGGCAACCAGCCAACCCUUAGCGACUCACCAGCCCUCGACAACUAACCAGGCAACCAGCCAAUCCUUAGCAACUAACCAGGCCCCCAGCCAACCCUUUACAACCAACUGGGAAUCCAUCAAACCCUUAGCAACCAAUGAGUCAUCAACAACCAACGAGAUCUCAACAACCAACCAGGCAACUAGCCAACCCUUAGCCACCAACAAGGCAACCAACCAGACAACCAAUGUGUUCUCAACAACUAAUGAGUCCUUGACCACCAACCAGGUAACUAACCAGCCCUCGACAACUAAUCAGGUAACCAACCAAUCUCUAGCAACCUUCCGGACAAACAGCCAGUCCUUAGCAACCAAUGUGUCGUCAACAAACAACGAGAACUCGACAAACAACCAGGCAACCAGCCAACCCUUGACAACCAACCAGGAACCCAUCGAACCCUUAGCAACCAAUGAGUCAUCAACAAUCAACGAGUCCUCGACAACCAACGAGAACUCGACAAACAACCAACUCUUGACAGCAAACCAGCCCUUAGAAACCAGCCAGACAACUGGUCAGCCUGCACGUGGUCCAGUAGCUGACAGAACUGUCUGACUGUGGAACUGUUUGUAUGAAAAGCGCAUGUUUAUAUUGAGUCUUUGAGUUGUGAACAGCUCUCCUCCAGCUCCUCUCUGCCAAAACGUCAGCUACCAUGGCUAGGUCCUAAAUGAAGGCUCUGACCAAAAGUAGUGCACUAGGGAAAAUAGGGUGUCACUUCAGAUUGGUCCAAUGUCUCAGUCAUAGUGGUGAAGGGCAUCACAGCUAAUUUAUGUCCUUUCAUAAACUGUAUGUAUCUAUUGGAUCAUCCAUGUACUCUUUAAGGGAGUUACGUAUCCAGGCCUAAAUGUAUGUAUAUAGUGGUCAUCUAUGUCGAGGUUAUAUAGAUGUAUAUGUAUGUAGCAGUGGAAGCUGCUGAGGGGAGGACGGCUCAUAAUAAUGACUGGAAU